AUGGCGAGUUUGAUGGAUUAUUCCCCCAAGGAACUUGCAAAGGCGCGCAGCCGUUGUCGCAAGUGGAUAAUGUGCCUCGCAAGGUACUUGUCGCCUCUCGCACUGUACACGGCAACUCCAGACAGUGAAGAGUCAUUGGGAUUUAUUGCAUUAAAUGCCGGUGUUCAGGCAGGGGCCACUCCGUUUGAUUUACGUCAGGUGAUUCUCGCACAUACACAAGUGAAAAGUGAUGAAAUGAGAAUAUACUUUAGUUCACUACUUCCUUUUGCCCUGGUAUCUCCAAGUGAUAAAUUGAAAACGUUAACAUCAUUAUUAAAUGUAGAUCCAAUGGAAAUAGAAGUACCUAAUGAAAGUUCAGUGGUGGCUGUGGUUUAUAUGAUUCCUGUGCCGAAUAUUUGGAAAAGUGGAUCUUCUCCUAAUCGUAGUCUUUCCGUAUUGUAUAUGCUUUGCUGUAAGGCAGAUGCUGUAUUUCAUGCUUUACAACAUAUUUUUCAACCCAUUACGAUAGGAACUGAAAAACUUUUACAUUUUUCUAAAAAUCAAUCAUGCAAAGAUACUAAUAUGCUUUCAUGUAAAUCUAUUACUGAAGUUCCUGGACUUUUUAUUGUGGAUGAUUUUAUUACACAAGAUGAACAUGAUGCAAUAUGGGAUGAACUUAAAGGUCCUACAGCUACAAUUCUUGAAAAGGAAAACCUUUCCCGUCGUUAUGUUGCACACUUUAAUAGACGUUUUUACUAUGGUGUAAAUAAAUUAGGAAAUGUUGGGGAAUCUGUAAAUGAAAAUCCACAUUUUUAUAAUUGGAUGCGAUCUCGUUUGCGUAAUGAAGAUUCAUCUUAUGAAAUCCAUGAUUACCCUUCUUUUACCAAGUCUUGUACUUUUGAUCAACUUACUGUAAAUUUUUACGACUAUGAUAGUAAAACAACGACAGAAGGAACAGUAGCAACAGUAGGACCACCCGGUAUAGCCCCUCAUGUGGAUGCACAUUCCCCUUUUACAGAUGGUAUAUUUAUUAUCUCUCUUGGUUCUCACACUGUAAUGGAGUUUUCUCGAUAUGAUAAACCACCAGAAGCGACGGCACCCAUUGGCGUAUUAUUAUCACCAAAGAGUUUAAUACUUAUGACUGGAGAGGCACGCUAUGCAUGGACACAUGGAAUUGCAGAGAAACGUGUAGACAUAUUGGCUGAUUUUCUCCCACCUCUACAUCGUGGGGACCGCAUAAGUCUCACAUGGCGUUGUGGUAACAAUGAAGUGCAUAAGCGGGAGGAUUGCAUGUGCAAGGAAUUUUGUGAUGGUGUAUAA